AAACAAAACCCCACAGACACUAUGUCCUCGGAACAGCUUCCCACGACAUCAAAGGAGUCAUUUGACGACUUCUAUACAGAAGUUAAAGAAAUUGAAAAACGUGAUUCCGUUUUAACAUCUACUCAACAAAUUGAUCGUUUACUUCGUCCAGGUUCAACAUACUUCAAUCUCAACCCCUUCGAAGUGCUGCAAAUUGAACCCGAUAUACCAAUUGAUCAGAUCAAGAAACGCUAUCGUCAACUCUCGAUAUUAGUUCACCCGGAUAAAAAUCAAGACGACAAGGAAAGGGCCCAGACUGCUUUCGAAAUCAUCAACCGGGCAUGGAAGAUUUUAGAAAAUGAUUUGACUCGCAAGAAAUGUCUAGAUGUCUAUGAAGAGGCUAAGGAAAGAACAGAUCACAUGAUUGCUGAAAAACGCAAAAAGAUUAAAAAGGAAAAUCGUUUUGAGACUAUACCUGAAGAUGAUCCUGCUAAAUACAAACAUGCUGUAUAUGUUAUGGUGAUGAAACUCUUUGCGGACAUGGAACGUCGCAGACAACAACUGGAUCAACGGGACCAAGAAGAGCGUAAACGUAAGCGUGAAACGGAAAUCGAAGAGGAGGAAAGACUCAAGGCCGACAAAGAGUGGCAAAAGAAUUUCGAAGAGUCACGGCAAAGUCGAGUAAAUAGUUGGCAUGAUUUCCAGUCGGGUAAAUCGAAGAAAGCCAAAAAACAAAAGCGUAUGCAAGGUCUUAUGGUACCACCGAAAUUUAAACCUGAAUCCCGAUAAGUCAAGUCACAGGAGGAUGCAGUGAAUUGAAUGCAACGGAGUAUCUUUGUUGUCAGUCGGCGUCUUCUGUUUUGUUAUAUAGAUUUUAUACAACUGUCUUUUUUGGAAAAGUAUUUUCCUGACUACAAAUUUUUUCAUAACACGUACACACAUCUAAUUUAAGAUACAUAAUUUCUUAAGUAACGUACACGCAUAUUAAUAUACAUAUACAUACCUAUAUAUAUAUUGUAUUACUUGUACUAAAAGUUAAUAAUGAUACAUUUUCAAAAACGAAUAAAAUGACAAGAUGAAAACCACACUUAUAACGCUCGUAAAUGAAAAUAAUUUCUAUUCAUUUUAUUUUAAAUGGAAUGAAAUAAAUAAAACGAAAACAAACAUUUUA